GAUAGAUAUUUGCCUCUGGUGGUGGUGCUCCACCGUAAUGCCUACCAAGCUUCUCUCUCUCUCUUUUUCCGCCAAUUUAUAGAGAGAGAGAGGAGCUAAGGAACAGGGAGUGAGACUUCUCGUGAUUUGUAGCGUAACCAUUUCAACUCCUCUCUCUCUCUCCCUCUCUCUCUCUCUCUCUCCCCUCAAUCUUCCACAGCCGCUCUUCUCUUGUGCCCUAAACACUCCUUUCCUCCUUUCUUUCUUUCUAGACUCAACAACCGGUUGGUGGAAGGAGCACUUACAUGAUGACAGCCUCAGUGUUUUUGGGUGGUUCUGAUCUUGGUUUUGGGAUUUGGAAUUUUGGAUGCUGAAUAUUAGAUGGAGUCUUGAGAUCAUCGUGGACCUUUUAGUUUUGGGAUGUUUUAUGAUUGCGGACUUCGAAGGAUAGGUGGCAUGUUUGUUGGUUUAUGGGUAUCUUUUUCCCAGAAAUGCUUUUAGAUGCAUCCUCUAAAGAUGGGUACUUUGUCUGAUACUUCUGAAAUUGUUGAAUCUAUGGAAGAAUUGGAUUCGAAAUGGAAAUUGGAUGAAUAUGCCGGAAAGCGUCGUAUGCCAAAGCCUGGACAAAUAUGUUCCAUUGAGGACGAUAUUAAUCAACUUUUUGAGGCAAUCGACAUAAGGACUUAUCGUAGGAGUUCCGGUUUGUUGAAGCAAGUUGGAAAAGACAAUUUACGGAAAAGUGCCAUGAAAAAACCAAUGAGAACUGGUUCAGCUUUAGCUUCUGGUAUUGGAUUUUCAGAGCCUGUGAGUUUGAAGCAGGCAUUGAGAGGGUUAUGCAUCUCUCAGGCAUCAGAGAUGGCUGCUAUGAAGCGGUUAUCAAAACCAGAAGGUUUGUCAAGGGAAUCAGAAGCUGGAACUAUCAAAAAGUUGAAUAGAGCAGUGGAAAUCUUCCUUGUUCCGGAAGAAAGUGCAUCAAAUUUUUCUGACAAAACGUCUGAAUUUGGGCGAUUUCCCAAGGUGGAAUUAUUGAACCAAAGUGCCCACUCUUCUACUCAUUUGCCCACUCAUGGGGGGUCUGAAAUCUCAAUGGCAGAGCUAGGGCAGAAUGAAAAGCGGACACAUUCCUCAUCUAGGACUCACACUAUUGAGAAACCGAUGGCAUUAGAUGAGAUUGUUCCUGCCUCAACUGAAGAAGCUCUAGUCGAGACAGACAAGGAGCGUAAUGGCAAGUUGCGUUUUGAUUCUUCUCUAUCUAGUGGUAAUAAUGCUAGUGAGAUUGUUAUCAAAUCUGCGAGCACUAGUCGACACAUAAUGAGACCAGUCUUCAGGAACAAGAUCUUUGUUAAAAAGAAAAUUAAGCAGGAUUCAACUUCUGUCCCUAGCAGCUCCAAUCAAUGUAGCGGUGGGGUAGAUAAUGAUUUGGGUCCUAGCAUGAGUAAAACUGUCUGCAAGGGACCCAACUGUGCUUCGAAGUAUGGAAGUAACGAUAAGGACAAAUCAUCUACGGUAUCAAGCAUUGUAAAUGUUAGCAGUGAAGUCAGUUCAAGUACUAAACCAGUUUUGAAUUCAAAUUUUAGUAACAGAACUAAAACUGUAGUUUCAAAAGGCGAUGAAAGAUCAAGAUCACGAGACAAGAGGGAGUUCUCUCAAAGCUCAAAAAGUAGCAUUGGUGAGUGUAGCAGUAGUACAAGCAUUAGUGAGGAGAGCACUCAAAUUGGAUCCAACCGUAUUGGGUAUAGACCGCACAUGUCAAAAGACUUGAGAUGGGAAGCCAUUCGUUGUGUUCAGAAGCAGCAUGGGAGCUUAGGUUUGAGACACUUUAAGCUACUCAAGAAACUUGGUAGUGGGGACAUUGGGACUGUUUACCUUGCUGAGCUAAUUGGCACGAAUUGCCUAUUUUCUUUGAAAAUUAUGAACGAUGAGUUUUUGGCUAGCAAGAAGAAAAUGCAUAGGGCACAAAUUGAAAGAGAGAUACUACAAAUGCUGGAUCAUCCGUUUCUUCCUACACUAUUUGCCCAUUUUACAACAGAUAAAUUCUCGUGCUUGGUUAUGGAAUACUGUCCAGGUGGAGAUCUGCACGUGCUCCAGCAAAAGCAACCUAACAAGAGUUUCUCUGAACAAGCAGCCAGGUUUUAUGUUGCUGAAGUGCUUCUAGCAUUGGAGUAUCUACACAUGCUUGGUGUUAUCUAUCGGGAUUUAAAACCUGAAAAUAUAAUGAUCCGGGAAGACGGACACAUCAUGCUUUCAGAUUUCGACUCGUCGAUCAAAUGUGCCGUUAACCCUAUGUUGCUCAAAUCAUUACCAGUUGUUGAGUCCCCUAAAAAGGAUUCGAGUCCGUGCACAGAAUCUAGCUGCAUAGACCCUUUUUGCCUCCAACCUUCCUGGCAAGUCCCUUGCUUUACUCCUAGGCUCAUCUCCACUGCAUCAAAAACUCGAAAACUCAAACCUGACCUCGCUGCCCAAGUCAGCCCGCUGCCACAGCUCAUAGCCGAGCCUAUUGGUGCCCAAUCAAAUUCCUUUGUUGGGACCCAUGAAUACUUGGCUCCGGAGAUCAUCAAAGGGGAGGGUCAUGGGAGCGCGGUUGAUUGGUGGACUUUUGGAGUCUUCCUGUAUGAGCUAUUGUACGGUAAGACACCCUUCAAGGGACGUGGAAACGAGGACACAUUAUCAAAUGUUGUGUCGUGGAGCCUCAAGUUUCCCGUGAGCCCUGUUGUUAGUUGUCAUACUAGAGAUUUGAUCCGAGGGCUGUUAGUGAAGGAACCUGAGAAUCGGUUGGGUUCUGCAAAAGGGGCAGCUGAGAUUAAGCAGCAUAUGUUCUUCGAGGGCCUCAACUGGGCUUUGAUUCGGUGUGCAAUACCUCCUGAGCUGCCUAAGAGCUGUGAUUUUGGGAGUGUCACUGCUGACCUGUCAUUGCAGAAAAAGGAAGAGAAUUUGGAGUUUGAGAUGUUUUAGCUUGAAAUACUUAGAUGUGGUGGAGAGAAGGUGUUUGAUUUCAUUUUCAAAAUGAAAUUUCUCAUCUUCUUUGUAACUGAUAUAAUAUAUAUAUAGCGUACAGUGUACAUGUAACUUUUAAGUUAGAAUUAGAUACUGAAAAGUUGGAAAAGAUUUUCAGUUUAUGUAAAAUAUGACACUUGUGUUUCUUGAAUUGUAGAAGCCUUUUUGACACUA